AUGGCCUUACCUAUUUCUAUAUGGCAAAUAACUCAACACAUUGUUCAUUAUACAAAACCUUCUCUACAGAAACACAUAAUCAGAAUAUUAUGGAUGGUUCCAAUAUAUGCAUUGAAUGCAUGGAUUGGCCUCGAAUUCCCUGAACAAUCUAUAUAUAUGGACUCUUUAAGAGAAUGUUAUGAAGCUUAUGUAAUUUACAAUUUCAUGAUAUAUUUACUUAACUAUCUUAAUGAAGGUCAAGAGUUGGAAGCAGUACUUGAAACUAAACCUCAAGUGUACCACAUCUUCCCUUUAUGCUGUUUAACACCUUGGGAAAUGGGGAGAGCAAAUAAGGAAGAAUUAAAACCAAUGAAGCCCAUUGGAAAAUUCUUGUGCAUUAAAGCUGUUGUGUUCUUUUCAUUCUUCCAAGGUGUCAUUAUCAAUAUUUUGGUAUAUUGUGGGGUGAUAUCAACAAUAUUUGAUAUAUCUGACAAAGAUAAGGUUAAAGUUAUAUCUUCAAAAUUACAGGAUUUCCUCAUUUGUAUUGAAAUGUUUUUGGCGGCAAUAGCACAUCACUACAGCUUUUCAUACAAACCAUAUGUGUCACCUUUUGAUCCUGAUCGCUCCUGCCUUGGGUCAUUUCUUGCUAUGUGGGAUGUCUCAGAUGUUAAACGGGAUAUAACAGAACAUCUAGGUGUAGUUGGGAGUUCGUUUAGUAGACGUCUAAGGGGAAAAUCAAUGUACCAUAUGACAAGAGGAUAUGAUGAGAGCUCCAGAUUGAGCGGAUGCACAGCAGGAACAAGAAGAAGCGGCGGCUACUGGCCCAAUACAGUUCACACAGGCUGCAAGUACCAUUUAAUAAACGCGCCGCCAGGAGGAAACAGCACUACGACGGGAGGAACUACCGAAUGCUUUUCGGACAGAUCAAACAGAUCAGAACCUGUCGAAAAGAGCAUGGUCAAUUUGCAAUUGCGGCACCCAAAUCCUCACGAACCUACAAUCCACUUCCAAGGUGCACGUCAAUGCCUCCGAUGCACGACUGUGAUGAGCACAAAGUUGAAGAGAGGUCAAAACCGAGGCCAGAGUUACUUUAACGUCAACAUUGAGCCCGAAUUGGAUAACGGGAACAGCGACAGCCAAGGCCUGAUCAACGAUUUGAGGCCCAUGUUUUUUUUAUGUGAUAAAGUGGCAAACGAACUGGCGGUUCACCUAUUUUUAAGUGAUAACCGCCGCCCAAGGCAUUGUAAGGCGGGGGGAACUGAACGAUGCUACGCAGUGCGCAAAUGUCCGCAGAAUGCACAAGAGCCGCUCCAAGCUCGACAUCUGCUGAUUGGUUCUACAGUUACACGUCCGUCGUGG